CUAGUUUUUUCGUGUAACUUGGUAGUGAUUGAAUAGUACCUGUUGCUUAUUGUUCAAUUUAUAUCGAUAUGGGUAAAUAUCGACGCAAGACUGAUAGGAAGUUAAUAUUUACGGCAGAACUAUUAGAACAAGUAAAGGAGAAACUGCUGCAAGGAAUGAGUAAACGCUCAAUAGCAGAUUCAAUCGGCGUACAUGAAGCAACAUUAAGAAAACGGCUAAAAGCAGGAACGGUGCCUACAUCACUGGGUCGCUUCAAAUUAGUUUUUACCCCAGAAAUGGAAGAGGAACUGGCUAUUUAUUGUAGAGAUUUAGAUAAAACAUUCUAUGGGCUCACACUUAAGGCACUUGGUAACUUGGUUUUUGAGUAUGCCGAAAGAAAUAACUUAAACCACAGAUUUAAUAAAGAAAAAAGAUCGGCCGGAAAAGAUUGGGUGUACUCAUUUUGUAAGCGUCAUAAACUUAGUUUACGUGUUCCAGAAAAAACAAGCCUUGCUCGCGCUGCUGGCUUUAAUAGGCCUCAAGUAGAACUGUUUUUCAGAAACCUAAGACAAAUCUUGAAUGAGAAAAAAAUACUGCCGCACCGUUUGUACAACAUGGAUGAAUCUGGUAUCCUAACCGUGCCCAACAAAUUACCCAAGGUUGUAGCUCCCAGAGGGAAAAGAACUGUAGGAAAAAUCGUUUCAUCUGAGAGGGGCCAGUUAAUAACUGCGGUGUGUUGUAUGGGAGCAACUGGACAAUACAUUCCACCUGCACUGGUUUUUCCACGAAAGAGACUGAAAGCUGAGCUAACUGAUAGAGCUCCAGCAGGGACACUCCAGCUUGUUUCAGACUCGGGAUUCAUCACUAGCGAGCUCUUCCUGAGAUGGCUGGAUCAUUUUCAAACAUUUUGCAAAAGCUCAGUUGAAGACCCAGUUUUACUCGUUUUAGAUAAUCAUUCGAGCCAUGUCAGUUUACAAGCAGUUAUGAAAUGUCGCGGGUUGGGUAUUAACAUGUUAAGUUUACCUCCCCAUUGUAGCCACAAAAUCCAGCCACUGGAUAAAAAUUUUUUCGGACCACUGAAAAGCGCUUAUGCCGAAGAAUGCGACAAAUGGCAUGUCAAUAAUCCGGGGCGACCAAUUACUAUGUUUCAAAUAGCUGAAUUGUUCGCAAAUGCCUACAGUAGAAUAGCAUCAAUUGAAAGAGCGAUAAAAGCUUUUGAAAUAUGCGGUAUUUUUCCAUAUAAUCCGCAUGUGUUUUCGGAAGAAGAAUUUGCACCCGCUACAGUGACAGAUCAACCAUUUCCAAACCAAAACUCCAGUGCAGAAAAUUCGAAUCCGAGAGCAGAAGAUGAAUACGACAGUGAUGAAGAUUUACCCUUAUCAGUUCUUCAGCACAAACUGAUGGAAAACAUUCCGACAAAGACUAUACUCCCAACACCUGUAUCAAGGUCACCAAAUUCACCGCCUUCAACGCCACUAGAAAAGUUGGCCCACUCUCCACUGCCCUCAACAUCUUCUCGGGGAAAGCAAACACCAUCACCAACACUAAGGGUACGAAAUUCACCGCCUUCCACACCACCAGAAAAUUCCACCAACUUUAUCUCGCCGAAAUUAAUAAAACCACUACCAAAAGCACUACCAAGAGCUGCCAAUGCCCGCAAGAAGAAGAAGUCUGUACUGCUAACUGCGUCACCGUACAAAUCUGAGUUAGAAGAGCUCCAAGCAUGCAAGCAAGCCAAAACCCAAAAAUUCAAACAGACGAAACGAAAAUAUAUGGACGAAUUAAAGAGUCCGGAGUCUAUAAAAUCACAAAAUCAAAUCAGCAAAAAAUCACUAAAUUCACCUUCAAACCAAAAACAGAUUUUGUGUCCGGUUUGCUAUGAAAUAUAUGAAGACCCCCCUGAAAGUGAUUGGAUUCAGUGCAUGACAUGUAAAAAUUGGUUCCAUGAGGACUGCACUGCUUACUCUGGAUUAGGGUACUACAUAUGCCACAUCUGUGAUGAUUCUGAAGAUUGAGACAGUGUGCGUACUCUUAGAAGAUCAUAUGCGUACUCUUAAACUGCAAGUCUGCUAAGAGUACGCAUUUACAGAUGUGUCAAAUUGAUUUUUUUUCUAAUAUACUUUUAUGCUGUAUUUCUUAUUCCCGUGUGAAACAUUUAUUUAAAACCUUUAAGUUUAUUAUAAUAUUUUUAAAUUGUUCUUAGCUUUCAUAUUUUGACUUAUAUAAACAGUUUACUGAGGAUUG